AUUCACAUUUCAAUUGUUGUCACUUUUCGAUCGCCAUUUUCUCAGACUUAAAUAAGCAUUAUUGUUGUACGUUGCUGAUUGAGUCUUAUUUUCUCGUAGUGUUUAAUCGGCUUUAGCUUAGCUUGAGCGUAAAAUCGGUUUUUAAUUUAGUAUGCUUUAAAAAAUAAUUUUGUUCAUAAUUAAUAUACAACCAAUACGUGACCAUGUCUGCUCACGAGCAAAUGAGGGCAAUGUUAGAUCAAUUAAUGGGCACUGCUCGUAAUGGUGAAUCUGAUCGGCACGGAGUUAAAUUUUAUGAUGAUACGGUUUGCAAAUCGUUUUUACUGCAGUGCUGUCCACAUGAAAUCUUAUCAUCGACUAAAAUGCCCAACACUAGUCUUUAUUGUUCAUCACAAUACUUAACAGAUGAGGGAUAGAUUGUAAGAGUUAGGCUGUUCUGUAAGUACCAAGAUCGUAUGGAUUUAGGUGAGUGUCCUAAAAUACAUGAUCUGGCUCUACGCGCGGACUAUGAAUUAGCCUCGAAAACCAAAGAUUAUUUCUAUGACAUUGAUGCCACAGAACAUUUAGAGGCAUUUAUCGCUGAUUGCGAUCGUCGUACAACCGCCGCCAAGCAAAGGCUGGCUGAAACACAGGAGGAAUUAUCAGCAGAAGUGACAGAGAAAGCAAAUGCUGUCCAUGAAUUGGCUGAACAGAUUGGCCAGAAGUUGGCGCGCGCCGAAGCCCUUGGUGAGGAGGGUAUGGUCGAAGAGAGUGUCAAGCUUAUGGGAGAGAUAGAUGAAUUACGUAAGAAAAAGGCAGUAGCAGAACAAGAGUACCGUAAUUCCAUGCCAGCGUCGUCAUACCAACAGCAGAAAUUACGUGUUUGUGAGGUUUGCUCUGCUUAUCUCGGUAUACACGACAACGACCGACGUCUCGCCGACCACUUCGGUGGGAAACUGCAUCUCGGCUUCAUCACAAUUCGUGAAAAAUUAUCAGACCUUAAAAAAACGGUGGACAAACGUCGCGAAGAACGCGGCGCGAGUGAACGGGAGCGCAGCGGCGGGCGGCGCCACUACGUGGGCGGGCGCGAGCUGGACCGGCGCGCGCGCAGGCACCGCGAGGCGACGCGCGAGCGGGACCGCGACCGCGGCAAGGAGCGCGAGCGAGACCGCGAACGUGACAGGAGGCGCAGUCGAUCGCGUAGCAAGAGCAAACGAGAAGGGUCGCGUGAAAAAUCCCGUGGUCGUGAUCGGGAACGUGAACGUGAAUCGCGUCGCAGUAGAUCUCAUCGUUCUGCAUCCCGGGAACGGAGGCGCGACUGAUAUUGCAAGAAGAAAUAGCAUGCCAGGGUUCAGUUUUUUCUGAAUUUUAGAAUCAGACUAUUUAAUUCCGAAAAAGCAUUAUCGGUGGUAAUCACAAAUAAGCAAGUUUUAACACCAACUAUCAUUAACAUAAUAAAUAACUUUGUAAAAAAUAAUACGAAAAAUCACCAUUGCAGUUUAUAACAUCUUCUUUUUCCUGUCUUUAUCCCACUACGUGGGGUUGGCACAACAUGUAUUUUCCUUCCACUUCUCUCUGUCACUCGUCAUCUCAGCACUUCCUUUCAUAUAAAUAUCCUUUUUUAUGCAAUUCAUCCACAUUUUCUUCGUACCCUAUAUCCAUCAACAUUCAUACUCAUCGGGCACAAAAGAAUCUUCAAAACAAAUGUGUAAGAACUUCUGGAUACCUGGCUAAAAUACAAGUUUUUAAGUAGCUUGUUUUCACAGUCAUUUUAUCAAGUUUUUGAUAAAUGAAACAUCAUGGUUUGAUGAUUGUAUUUGUAUCAAAAACAGCUUAGAGAAAUAUUUAAUCAAGCAGUGUCAUGUUUUUACUACUAAAACGAACGAUGACAAUACAAUUAAAAUAUUUGGUAUAGUAUCACUAAUCUUGUAACUGGAAUUGUAUUAAAUAGCAAUUAUAUCUAGUGACUGGACCUAGUUAGUCCCAUAAAAUAGUCGAAUAUCUCUUUUUAUGGUUUCAUUGAGUACUAAAAUAGUAACUUAAAUAAGUUAUGAAGUUCAUAUAAUUUUGUUGGAGUGAAUUUAAUAAUAUAUUUUCUUAAUUGGUUGCAUGAAAUCUACAUUAUAAAUUAGAUGAUGAAUAUCAAUGCUUUAAUCUGGAUUACAUUCAAAAUACCUAAGUUUGUUUCUUAUAUAUAUUAGACAUAAAAAAGGAUUUUCUCCAUUUCAUAUUUGAAUGAGGUUUUUACUAUGUGUAUGUAUAAAGUUUUAUACUUGGUAGAGGAAUAGAAUUAAAUUUGUCUUAUAUUGUUUUAGAUUGGAAGUUAUGGAAUGAAGUUUAAGUUAACUUAUUCCUAGAUUUAGCUGUUUAAUUAUUUGAAUAUAAUAUUAUUUGUGCCUGAGGAAAACGCAAUGCCUAAUUUCUAUAUUUAUUAGCAUCUGCUGUUGGCACGCCAGGUAAUUUGUUAUAAAUAAAUAAUAAACAUGAGAAUGUAAACAUAGCCUUACAUGCAAUGUAGAGAUAAAUUAUUGAACUAUAAUAGUUAUAGUGAAAUGUUUUAAAUAGAAAAUAGAAUGAAGUGUGAAUAGAAAAUUAGGUUAAUUUCUUAAAAAAAAUUUUGGAUUUUAGCAUUAAACAAAUAAUAUCUCCACAUAAAAAAUACGUAAUAUACGAAAAAACGCUUUAAUUUAAGGCAUGAUUAUAAGUAUUUUAAAGUGAUUGGUAUUUUCUUACACAGACAGAUUGACAAUAUUUUGAUUUUGACAUGAGACUAUAGUGUAUAAACCUUCACUCAUUGGAACUAAGAAUAUCAAUAUAAUAGUCUCCAUAACAUUUAAUUAUUUACUCGAGAUAUAGUGUUAUUCACUAUUAUCCUGUACAACUAUGUCAACAAGCAAUAUUUAUAAAUAUAGCCCGACUUCUAUUUAAACUUUAAUUAUGACAUAUAAAUCACAAAGAAAAUAUUUAGUUCAGGGUAAAAUAUUUUUGUU